AAAAGAGAUGUAGACAUGUCCCAGGAAAGUGUGUGGUUGUCUCCAUUAUCAGUGCAAGGCAAUGGAAAAAUAAUACAUUAUGCUGAAUUGGAAAAAGAUGAUGAUACUUUAGCCCUUUUAUUUGUAGAAUCCCAGUUAGAGCCUCCAGUCUCCCAAGUGCCAUUCAUACAACAUUUUAAACAUUUAAAAUCUGAGGGAGAUGUUUCUACAAUCAGUGAAAAAGAGGAAUGUUCUAAUAUAAAAAGUAAUUAUGAUGUCCCUGUCUCAGAGGAUCAGCAACAUGCAUCUUCAGAAUUAAAUAGAAAAAAUACAAUAGAUUUACCUCUGUGUGAAUGUAGUGGUGAAAAUUUUUAUUCUAGUGAACUGUAUGUUGUAUCAAAAGAAGAAUCAACUGAAAGAAAAGAAGCCAAAACAUAUAAGAAGGAAGAAAUGCAUACUUUAAAUGUUCAAGAACCUAAAAUUUACACAGAGAGGAACCCAAAAAGGGAAAUAGCUGAAACAGCACAACAGGAAGGACAGAAUGACAUAAAAACAGAAGAUUCGGAAGAUGAAAUGCCACGUUCCAGGGAACUGCAGGUACAUGUAGAUAAUUCUCAGAACUUCAAGAUCCCAAGUAAAGAUGAAUUACCUCUUACUCUGGCGAUAUCAGACAAAGCCAAACUAACUGAAGUUUACAAUGCAGAACAAAAUCCAGCAGCAGAAAGCCAAGUCAUAGGAAACACUGAAGUCAAAGAAAAAAUGCAGGAAUCAGAGAACAAAAAAGACCAGCCAGCUUCAUUUGACAGUAUCCCUAAUGGCAUCGCAGAUUUUAAUUUGAAAAUGUUGAAUGAUCAAGAGGACCAGGAACCUACAAUUUCUGAAGAGGCACAGGCAUUGGUAGGAGCCCACCUUUUCUUUUCUUCCAGCUCACUUCAUGACACAGACCGAUCUGACAUCAGAAUUUCAGAGGAAGAAAAGCCUGAACAUUUUGAAGAACCUCAGUCUCUCUUUUCUGUUAGUCAUUAUAAAAACAUACUAAGUUCUCAGAGUUUCACAAGCAAAGAUAAGCAUUUUCUGCAAAGGCUACCAGGGGAACUGUACUUCAAUGGUAAAAAUAGCCAGUCUAGAAAAGAUUAUGAAAUAUCACUAGAGAAUAAAGAAUCUGAAGAGGAAGCCCAAUCAAAUCAGAAGGUUAAUGAUCAAGUACCAGAGAAGAGUAAUGUAGAUAAUUCCAAAGAAAAGGAUAUUCUUCUGCUUCAGUUGGCAGUUAAGAAAAAUAGACAAAAUAGUGAAAGCACAAUGAAAGAAACCAAAUUAGUAAAAGAUUGUCUGGUUCUUUCAUCUGCAGAAUCCAGGUCAGAACACAAUGUAGACUUUUUUUUUAGAUAUCCAAAGUGUGAACAACACACUACUAUGGGGCGUGAAAGUGAACCAUUCUGUAUUAAAAAAGAUAACACUGACAUUUCUGUUUUAGAAGACCAGCACCAAGUAUCAUUAGGGUCAAAGAUAAAUAUAGAAGAUGCACCAGAGCAACAUGUAUCCUUUAUGGAAAAGUCUUCUAAUGAAGAAAAUAGUAAAAAGAAAGAAAAGCAGGAUUAUUUAAGUGAAAAUAUUUCAGAGGCUAAUUGCCACAAACUUGGUAGCAAUCAUGUUGCUGAUACAAAAAGCAUAAAAACAAUUAAAAAUGCUGGUCAGUUAUCUUUACAAUUGAAUGAAUUGAUAUUAAAAAAUAAUUUAAAACAUAAAGUACAGGAGCACUACAUUGUAGACUCCGAAGAAGAAGGAGAACAUGCUGAUGUGAAGUAUAAUGAAAAUCCUGAAAAGGGCUUGUAUACUGUUUCACAAGAUUUGGUAAAAAAUAUUUUUUCCAGAGACUCAAAUGAUGACAGUAUCUUGUUAAAGGAAACUGCAGUGAAUAGGGAAGAUGUGAAUUGGUUCUCUCAAGACAGAGUAAAACAGCCUAAGACUUUUACAGAGCACACUGCGGAGUCCAGUGAAGAUAAAUUAGAAACCACUGAGCAAAUAUUAGAAAACAAUAAGCCAAAUAAACAAAAAAGUGAGAAAAGAGAAAAUAGGAUGGCAAACCAAGAACAAUCUCUAGUGAAUUUCUCUGGAGAAAGUUUAAAAAGUGAGAACAUAACCCCAGAGCAAGAUAGUCACACACUAAAUGAUCUCUUGUACAAUUUUCAAAACAAAGACAAUAAGGGUCUGCAAACUUCUGUGCUGUUUCCACAGGAGAAAAUAGAUGAAGACACCAAUGAAAGAAAUGGCAUCUCAAAUCCAAGUGAACAUGAUUCUGAUAAUUCUAGAAUUACUGAAGACUCAUUAUCGGAAAAUAUUCUUUGUGACCAGGUCCUGCAUGAGCAAAUUAUAGCACCCGAUUUUAGUUUUUCUGAAGAGGGGCUAAAAUCAAGUCAUAAGAAAGAUCCAGUAGAAAUAGCACUGGCAGAUUCAUCUUUCCAACAUGAGCUUCUGAUGUCAAAGUGUGAGUCUAAGGAAAUUCCUAAUUCAGAUCCUAAAAAGAAAUGUAAAAAUCAACUGCUGCAUAAUAAAAGACAAGAUUCCUCUGUAUCGUCAAAUGUAGAAGUGUCUGCGUUCACCAGUCCAAAUCAUAAUGAAGGUACAGAAAACAUAAAUACAGAAAAUGAAUCUGAAGACCAGAAAAUACCAUCAGAUUCUCAUUCAGAUGACAAUGUAGCAUCAAAAUUAUUGGAUAUAUCAGAGUUGAAAAUCUCUAAACAAAAUGUAGUAACAACAGAAACAUCACGAUCCUAUAAAUUGUCUCAUAUGGAACAUAAGCAUCUAUUCCAGGAACACUAUAGUAUAGUUGAAGAGUCUGAAAGCAGCAGCCCAGCAUUACAUUUAGAAUCUUUUAAGUCUUUCAAAAUGCAAAGCCAGACAGUAUUUAAAAACCAUGAUGACUCUGAUUCUAACAAGCCUUUCUCACCUACUUCCCCUUACUAUGAUUCAGCACACAACCCUGUAGAACAUGCACCUUUGCAAAGUGAGCAGGGCUUGGAUACACUCCAUUUAAAUAUAGCUCUGAAUAAUAAAACUUAUGUUGAAAAGGAAGAUGCUAUUCCAACUAAAACCACAAGUCAUAUAGAAAAACUAGCUGCUUCUGAAAAACCAAGCAUUUACAAGGAAAACUACAAAAAAGAUACUGAAAGUCAGACAAACAUAGAGUCCAUAAAUAUAGAUAAUAAAAACAGUGCCCAGACAGAGGAGGUAGUGGAUAGUAUAUGUACUAGAACAUCAUGGUUUUUGGGGGGUUUAUUUAGUAAAACUAAUAAUCACAACUCUGGAAGAAAUACCAAAUACAAUUUUGUCCAAGACUCAAAUGAAAAUAGGGAAGAUAUUAGAAUAAAUAAGAAAAAGAAAGAAUUAAAAAACAUGCUAAAGAAUGAGGAUGAGUUGAGAGAAAAUGAAUCAGAACAAGACAGAGACAGUAUUCAGACUGCAGAAGCUACAAGAAAGCUGAACAGCAGAGAUCCUCUUACAAUGCUGAAAGAAAGAGCUGAGAAAGAACUACGUGGCACCGAGGAAAGGGGUAUUGCAGCAGACUUGAGAAACAAUGAAAAAGAAACUGACAACACCAUAACCUGGGAGAGAGAAUCAGUGUCCCAGCAAAUAAAAAAGGAUGACCAAAUAUUAAUUGAUAGUGACUCAGAUGUAUCCAACUCAUUCACUGCAUACCAACAAUUUUAUUUAAAGUUGUCUCUGGAAAGGAAGAAACCUUCAGAGAGUCUGUGUGAAAGUGAAACAUUGAUGCUGCUGGAGCAACAGUUUGAAAAGAUUCAUCAUGGAAUUACAACUUACACAUGUGUAGAUAAUUUCAGGGAGAGAAAACCACUGACUUUGUCUGUUGAAGAGGAACCUCACUUAGACACUGUGGGUGAGAAAUGUCUGAAGGAGAAAGUGAAUAUUCUUCUAGAGCUACAAGAACAUUGGUCAGCUGCGAGAGUAAAGUGUAGUUUCCAAAAUGCACAACAAGAUAUAUCCAAUAAAAUACAAUUACUAGAAGAAAGUAAAGAGAAACACCGCAUAAAUACACCUUUGAAUAAUGAAAAUAAUAAUGCCCAAAGUUCAGAAGGUAUAACAAUUCCAUUAAUGAAAACCAAAGAUGAUUCAGCAAGAAAUAUUCAGUUAGGUGCCAAAAAGCUGUUCACAGAGAUGUCUUUCCUGAUUCGAAAUUACAUUCCCAGUGAUGAAGAAGGCUGGAUAUAUCAGAUACUCCUGCGUUUGAAUGCUCUUGACAUUGGUGACUUUAUAAAAUCUGUAUUUUCAGUAAUGGCAACUGUAAGCAGAAAGGUUGUGGCAGCAUUGCCUGAAGAUAUGAGACCUGGUCCUGAUCUUUAUGGUUUCCCAUGGGAAAUGGUGAUUUGUGCUGCAGUUAUUGGAAUAUUUACAGUCUUCCUAUUCCUGUGUAGGAGUUAUCAAUCAGUUAAAAGCAGAUUUUACGUAGGAAGGGAAAAACAGCUUGCCAGUGAAGUUGCUGAACUAGUUGAAGAAAAGUGCGAAGUGCUUGAAAAACUUAGCCUCCACAAGAAAGAGUAUGAAGACUUAGAAUUAUCGUUAAAAAAUGCCAACCUAAAAGAAUCCACCGAUACAACAUGUAUUGAGGAAACCUAUGAAAAACUGAACAGGUCAAACUUGGUGCUCAAGCAUGAAAUAGAGAAUUUAGAAAAAGAGCUAGAAAAAGAAAAAUCUAAGCGAUCAGAACAGGAUGAAAUGAUAACUGAAAUGGAGAGAAGAAUAGAGUCUUUAGAAAAUGAAGCAAAAUCUAUCCAAACACAAGUGGCUGAAGCCAAGACCACCUUAAAAGUAUUUCAUAUUAAUACAGAGAGGCUCAAGACAUCUGUCCAGGAUGCAGUAGAGGAAAACAACCAUCUCCAGGAAAGUGAAAAACAGCUUUUACAAGAAGCUGAAGGGUGGGGUGAACGAUUUAGUGAACUAAAUGAACAAACAAAAAUGUUUGAAUCCUCAAAAGCAGAUAUGGAGGAAGCUUUGAAAAAUAAGGAGAGUCAAGUCAAGUCACUGACAGAAUGCUUAUUGAAGAUGAAAGACUGGAGCUCAGCAAUAAGGGAAGAUGAUGCCACUGAAGAUAGUCACUGGGAUACUGAUACAAAGGGGGAAACAGAAAAUGGAGAGCAUCUAGAUGAUCAACAAAAAAGAACUGUAAAGAAGCUGAUCUACGCUGCUAAGUUAAAUGCUUGUUUAAAAACCCUGGAAACAGAAAGAAAUCAAGUAUAUUCAAAACUGGAUGAUGAAAAUAAAGCCAAAGAAGAGCUUGCAGAACGCAUUGAAAACCUCCAAAGUGAACAAGUUUCCUUGCAGUCUGAAAAUGUACAAUUUGAAAGUGAAGUACAGAAGCUUCAGCAAAAACUUAAAGUAAUGACAGAGUUAUAUCAAGAAAAUGAAAUGAAACUUCACAGGAGAUUAACAGUAGAGGAGAGAGAGCGCUUACGGAAAGAAGAGAAACUCUCUAAAGUAGAUGAAAAAAUUAAUCAUGCUGCUGAAGAACUAAACAGCUACAGACAACGAGCAAAAGAUCUUGAAGAAGAGCUAGAAAAAACCAUUCGCUCUUACCAGAGUCAGAUUACUUCACAUGAGAAGAAAGCUCAUGAUAAUUGGCUGACAGCCCGGGCAGCAGAAAGACACCUCAAUGACAUAAGAAAAGAAAAUGCACACAGCAGACAAAAGUUAACCGAAACAGAAUUUAAAGUUGAGCUUUUAGAGAAAGAUCCUUUUGCUCUUGAUGUUCCAGUUAGACCAUUUGGAAGAGAGCAUUCCCCAUAUGGACCCUCACCAAUGGGCCGGCCUUCAUCUGAAACAAGAGCUUUUCUUUCCCCUCCAACACUAUUAGAGGGUCCUUUAAGACUUUCACCUAUACUUCCAAGUGGAGGAGGAAGAGGAUCAAGAGGACCGGGGAAUCCAGCCAUGUAUGAAGGUGCUAAUGAAAGAGGAGAGUUGAUUUCUGAUAGGUUGUCUGAUCCCCAUAGACCGCCUUCAGAUACUGGGUCUUUGUCACCUCCAUGGGAUAGGGAUCGCAGAAUAAUUCUGCCUCCAACAGGUCAGCCGUAUAAUGAUCCAGCUCUUCCUCCUCGGAGACCAGAGCGAUUUUAUUCUAGUCCCCCAAACUCUGGAAGACUUUCUGGACCAGCAGAACUACGGAGCUAUAACUUGCAGCCUUUUGAUAAACCAGAUGGGCAGGCAUCUUCUGAAAACAGUUCAAGAAUGGAGUCAAGUGGAAAUGGAACAAAAGAUCAUCCCAACCUGAGUAAUUUACUAAAUGUGUCUAAUCAGUCGCUUGCAUCUGAAAGUGAAGCAGCUGGAUCAGGGUUUGCUGCCCCACCCAUCCCUCAAAUCAGAGCUCCUCUGAUACCAGUGGAUCCUAGAGGGCCUUUUAUAAGACGAGGACCUCCCUUCCCCCCUCCUCCUCCACCUCCUGGUGGCAUGUAUGGACCACGUGAAUAUUUUCCAAUGAGGGAUUUUGCUGGUCUACCUCGGCCUCCAUUGGCAAUGAGAAGUCCAUUUCUACCAAGGCCUUUUUCUCAAUACCCACCACAGAGAGCCGGAUUUUUUUCACCUCCAUCUCUUCCACUUGAAAAUAGAAAUGAGCUGACUUCUGGCUUAACUCAUCAAUUAAAUGCACCAGCUACAGAACAUCCAGAACCACAACAAGAAACUUGACAGCGUUUGUGUCUCAGAAAUUCCCUUUGCUGUACUGUUCCUGUACAUUUUAAAUUUUUUCUUCUCAAUUUCAGUUAAGUAACUUGUGUUACAUUAAGGAAUUAUAAAUGAAAUACUUUGUGCAAAUCUAAGCUUGAUAGAAUAAUUCUCAGGAUAGUAUUUUGUAAAUAAGGAUGAAUUAACUAUGAAUACUGUGAAUAAAUGAUUUCUGUUGUACAGUAGUCAUUUUUAAAUUAAAUAUUGUUUUUAAUUUGAGUAACCUGUUCAGAGGAUGUAAAAUUGUAAUCAAAUAGAGUAACACUUACAGUCUACCUACUCUCUGUCCAAGUUUAGCUGCACAGGCAAUCUUUGCAUGCCAGAAGUGGUACUUAUUGCAGGAAGAAGGCAAAUGUGAAAAUAACUUAGUCAUUUUCUUCAUUUAAAUGUUUAUUUUAACUUGUCUGAAAGCAUGAAGCAAAAUUUCCAUGUGUAGUGUUGUCUUUCUCUGCCAUCUCCAGAACAUUGAUCCAGUUGGAAUUUACAACCAGUGAAGUGUUAAUGUUUGUGAUUGUAUCUUAAUGUAUGUCGCUGAAAGCUAUUUAGUUCAGAUUAUUUAUUUUUUAGUUUACAGUACAACACUAGCCAAAGACAAGUAGAAAUAUUCUUUAACUUAACUAUAAUCAGGUACAGAAUCUGAUUUUUUUCCGUUAAGGGAAGAAAUAAAACAAGUAGUCGAGAGGAAGAAUGAACUGAUUGGAUAGUGGAAAAGAGAGACUUACCCUGUUCUCUGCUUCAAGCUUAAUCCAUUUAUCUCCCCAUCCUGGUUACUGGGGUUGCUCUGAAAGGUGGUAUCUAUCAUAAUUUUCAAAUCUGGAAACAUCUGAAUGGGUUGCUUACAGUGCCAUAUCAGAAUGCGUUAAUUUCCUCUUGUAUUACGCGUGAUCUUUGACAGUGUACGUAGAGCAGAAAGGCAACAAUGAGGUUCACAUGGGUGUCUUAAGAAGCAGCGUUACAAACGUGAAGAUGAGGCCCCAUCUAACAGGCAGCUUGAACUGGAAUUCUGUGGCAGCUUUGCUUGUGUUUGUAAAGUGAAGGGUUUAUGAUUAAAUCAAAUAAAUAUCAAUGAAAUAGAAUUGCACUGAUCUUAAUUCAUCUUAGAUUGUCCCACAUGACAUUCUGAAAAUUAUCAAAGAUUUUUUGUGGUGACAAAAUCUAAAUACACUAGGGGGUGGUGGCAGCAGUGAAGACUGAGGGUUUGUAUUUGGGGCUGGGGCUUGUGGCAUACAAAGGAGCUAUAAUCAGCAAUUGGGGGAGUGUUGUGUGAAGAUUAGCAGAAAUAUCAAACAAGAUAAGAUGAACUGUACGCAAGUGUCUUAUUUUCAGGCCUUUCUGUGUAACAGAAGUCCAAAGUCUUGUAAAUGAAAGCUUAGGAGGAACAUGAUUCUGUGCUCCUGGCUAAGACUCAAGGAACAUAACUGACUUGGGCUAGAAGCAAAACAUGUGGUAGAUGUGGGAGUUUAGUCAAAAUUGACUGAACUUUACUACCUGAGUCACAGGUAAACUGAUAUACUUGGCUACUGAUAAGAGGCAAGGGCCAAGGCUACAGCCCCAUUUUGUUAUUGCUUACAGCCCAGCCCAAAACACAAAUAAUAAACCCUUAUCCUAAUGUUUAUUGGACUACCUGUAAGAGCACAAUAGCAAUUCUUAGUAAUUCUGGCUGGGGAGACUGUGCAGAGGAGGGUGGCAUGUAGACUGGUGCCAUGGAAAGUUGCAACUUUUUUUUCACCAUAGUUGAUGGUCUUCACUGCCCAUGCUUAUUUAAGACAACACAACUAUCUACUAUAAUAAAACUACAUCUAAGACAUUUGGUUGCAGAGUGAUCAUUGCGAAUAAUAUCUUGAAGCUAAAACUGCAAUAUACUAUAUUUGAAUUAUCUGUUUUAUAAUGAUCUUAUUCCCGAUUGUAAUGUCUGUAAAGGGAUUCACUCUGCAGUUGCUCAGAAACCAGCUUGGGGGCCUUCUGCUUUUAGCCAUGUUUCUGUAGCUUCACCUAGUCCCCUUGAAAAUGGCCAAAGCUGGCACCUACAUCCAUCUAUAGCAUUCAGUUUACAGAAAGCCGUAUCUUGUGUAGCAUUUCGCAAAUAAAACAUACACAAAAGAAACCAGUAGGAUGAAGCCUGUAGCUACAAUGAGCCAGGGUAGAAUUUUUAUUGGUUUAUUUUACUGCAGAAACACAAAUUGGGAUGUCCAUCUUGUCACAAUUAUGAUAUGAUUUGAGACAAAAUUAGUAGUUGUUUUGUUCUUGCUUCUGAAUAGGAGUGGGUAAGAACCUACAGGCCAAGUUGGGAAGGAAGCACUUCUUUUCUAAAUAUUAAAACUUGAGCUACUUGAUUGCUUGAAUUAGCUGAACAAGUCCUGCUUUUCAUGCCAUUUGCUUUAGUUUCCACCAGCAGCAUUCAGAUUCCAGACACUAAUGGCAAGUGCAUGAGAAGCAGGAAGAGCAGUUACAAACUGCCCAAAACAUUAACGUUGUCAGGGGAAGGCUCAACUGAAGCUGCGGUCAAUAUAUCAUCUGGUUAAAGGAGUUCCCCUCCCCCUUGCAGUGCCUGCCACCAUGUCCAGGAAAAUAAGUAUUUUGCCUUUUUUUUUUUUUGAAGUAGAAAAACAGAGCUUAAGAACUUUCAUGCUUCUCAUUUAUGCAAAAAACCGUCUAGAGCAGGGAUCAGAAAUCCAUGGCAGACAAAGCACUUGGAUUGCUCGUUGUGGGGAGGGGGUGUUAAAUAGUUUAUAGGGGAGGGAGGGCAUGUGGUCACUUUAAAGUCUCCUACUCUUUGCCCUUACCACUGAAUAGACUGCUUCCUAUUAGUAUUUAGUAUUUGCAGUGGCUUUCAGUGAUGUCCACUAAGUGAAAGGGGGCACAGAGCAGGGAUGGGAUUGGAUUGGAACAGGAGGAAAACAAUGCAGGGGAUGAGCAGCUCAUGGCAGUGGCUAAUGCAAGUGCUGGUUUGCAUUUACAGAGUUGUCUGCUAUUUAAUUCAGCCCACAUCUGCAUCUUAGACUUGAGGAAGGGAAUGUGAUGUCCAAACACUUGUUCAACAACUCAUUUGACUCUUGGAGCAACCGUAUAAAAGAUACCACAAAAAAUGUUGCUCUUAUACCAAUAGGAGGGUAACUCGUAAUUUUUCAGUGUUUCACAUUAAUAGUGAAGUCCUGUGGUUUAAAAAGUGACAGCACCUUGCUAUAAGAUGCAAUUUAGUGCUAGCUUUGAUGCUGCCAAAUUUUGCACACAAGAUUAAGCAAGUACAUAACUUUAGCUUUAAAUGUGUAGAGGACAAGGGACUGUUGCCAACAAUUUUAUAACAUUCAGAUUCAAUUUACAAGUAGCAAUUUAAAAACCUGCCAUUGACAGAUUAACUUGUAAGUUUUAAUCUAAACUGUAUGUAGUACAGUUUUCUAAGUUAGUGUCUUAAAACUACAGCCUCAUAUAUUCUUUUAAUAUUAUUCAUUAAAAAUUGCAGUCAAAAAAAAAAAAUCAGCCGCACCAAUUAAAAAGGCAGGUACUACCCACCCCAUACAUCAUCAGCUCUAUUCCACAGUAAGUGAAAGCUAAACUAGGGUAGUUUAUCUCAAUGCAAUUUUGGUAACUUCCAGUUACCACAGAGGGGGUCAGACCAAAACACCUAUAACAGAAUAGUUUGAUAUGCUUAAGUCCUAACUUUAUAAGUGGGUAACUAUUUGUCCAUAUCCCAAGGAAAGUAGAAUAGCUAAACGCUGAUUUCUCAAACAAUGACAUAUUUAUAUAAUGCAGUUAUUCCUACAUAGUGUCUUCUGUCAACUGGAAAAAGUUUGUCAAGUCAAGCAUCUGCUACAGCAGUUUGAGCUAGUGGUUCAUCAGCUUCUGUUGUCUAGCAAAUAUCCUGUUCAACUCUGAACAUGUACAAGUUGCAAAGCUUCUUUACACACUAUAUCAGAUAUCCAUUUAGAUCACUUUGUUCUAAAGUUACUUUAAGAUCAAAUAUUUAAGCCAUGUGUGUGAAAGGACAUGCAUCUUUAAGUGGAGUUGAGAAAGUAUUCAGCUACUCCAGUCUCACCCUCAUGAUGUGGAAAUCAGUUUAAAAAACAACUUAGGCAACUGAAACCAGGUAUACCACUAUAAAAGAAUGUGUCUGAUACUGAAUAUCACUCUAGUAUUCUUGUAGAGAAAGAGGAUGAAUAGCUAGUUAACAUUAAAUACCAUGUUGUUAAUAUUAACCAACCAUCAGACAGCUGGAACUGCCUCUAGUCCUGGACAAUCAAUGUUAUGUUUUAAAGUGACAGCAUUAUUACUAAAGUUUCAUGAGCUUGGCUUCAACCCAGAUGGCUAGACACCUUAAAUUACCUCUUAGCAUUAUUAGGCCUUCCAAGAAUUGUAGCAUCCCUAGUCCCAGGCAGCUGCUAAACCAGCUAUAGUGUAAACUAAGAACUGGAAUCCCCAAGUCCUAGUGCCCAGAGACAAAGUCCUAGUGACACUUGCUCCUGUUGCCUUUAACAAAACAAAAACUAUACAGUCCUGUCACUAUCAUCAGCAAGAGCAACUUUCCUUUUUGGAGGGAGGUUGUUAUUAGUUUGUAGACUUGGCAAAGAAAUUCAGGAGAAACCAUAACAGUAAACAUCCUGAAUAAUCAUAACCAAUAUUUGGCGCACAUGCAUGCUCUCACUCUCCCCACUUCCAGCCAUGCUGCCAGUUGUGGCACAACCAGCCACUGGCAUGGUGGGGAAGCUGUCAGUUUACCAACCAUCUGCAGUUUCCAUCCAGAAUAUUUAAAUGAAGGGUUUUAUUAAAAUAGAUAAAUGUCAAACUGAAGCAUUGCGGAUAUUCAGAAUCUAUUUAAUAGUGGGACACUGAAGAGACUACUACACAUUUUUCUAGAGCAUAUUAGAUUUUAAUUUAAGCAGUUGCAACUGGUGUAGGAAUUUCUCAAAAUCGGUCUCCUAUAUUCUACAGUCUAUAAUUUACUGCAUCAGUCUAAUAAGUCAUCUCAAACAUGUAAUACCAGGUUUGUGCUAGCUGGCCUAAUCUUUUGCUGAGCACUUCAUUCUUCUAAAAUGCAGAUAAGUGUCAGUGAAAGGGGGAGGGCGAAGGGAGAAGAAUACCAUAUGACUUCGACUUUAAGCUUUGUUGCACCUAAAUACAAUGGAUACUAACAAUUUUACAGUUUAUGAACGAUUGCUGCAGUUUAUUCAAUACUAAAAAAUCCUCAUGCUGAUACAAUAAAAUAUUUUACAAUGA